AUGUAUGUGAACUGGUUUGAUACAGUAAUGUUUUACUAUGUUAUUUUAGUGAAUUUAGUGCAUGUCACUUUGUCAUUUUCAAAUUUCCCGCCGUUUCGUCCCCGUACGUCCCAGGGGACGGAACCCAGAAGACAGAUGCCAGCAUCCGCCGGAGGACAUUACAGGGGACACUGCAGGAGGGACAUCGUGGGAGCGCAGGACAAGGUAAGAGAAGAACAGAUCCCAGAGCAGCACCGCAUGGUAAGCCCGAGUGUAGCUCGGGGUUACCGCUUGUGCUACACUCGGGAAUACCACCAGGGAGGCUACGGU